AUGCAGUCGAGGUCAUAUACUAAUCUUCUGGAAUUGGCAUCUGGGAAUUUCCCUGUAAUGGGGCGAGAGAGGGACAAGCGAAAGCUGCCAAGGAUUAUGACUGUUCCUGGAAGUAUCAACGAAUUUGACGAUGAGCAAACAAACAGUGUUGCAUCUGAUAACGCUUCUUCACUUUCGAUGGAUCGAAUCAUUAUAGUUGCAAAUCAAUUGCCUCUGAAAGCUAAAAGAAGACCUGAUAAUAAAAGUUGGAGUUUUACUUGGGAUGGCGACUCUCUCCUUCUGCGACUUAAAGAUGGUUUUCCUGACGAUAUGGAAGUUCUAUAUGUUGGCUCCUUAAAUGUCGAUGUUGAUGGCAUUGAACAAGAUGAUGUUGCUCAACACUUGUUGGAAAGAUUCAGCUGUGUCCCAACUUUUCUUCCUCCUAGCCUCAUCGAAAAGUUCUAUACAGGUUUUUGCAAGAAACAGUUGUGGCCUCUCUUUCACUACAUGUUACCAAUUUCAGCUAAUCAUGGUGGUAGAUUUGAUCGAUCUAUGUGGGAAGCCUAUGUCUCUGCAAACAAAUUAUUUUCCCAAAAAGUAAUCGAAAUCAUAAAUCCUGAAGAUGAUUUUGUUUGGAUCCAUGAUUAUCAUCUAAUGGUUUUACCUACUUUCUUGAGAAGACGAUUUAAUCGUUUAAGAAUGGGGUUCUUCCUCCAUAGCCCAUUCCCUUCUUCCGAAAUUUACAGAACACUUCCUAUUAGAGAAGAAAUUCUAAAAGCUCUACUCAAUUCCGACUUAAUCGGAUUCCACACCUUCGAUUAUGCUCGUCAUUUCCUUUCUUGUUGUAGCCGUAUGUUUGGAUUGGAAUACCAAUCAAAAAGAGGGUAUAUAGGAUUAGAUUACUAUGGAAGAACAGUCGGAAUCAAGAUAAUGCCAGUUGGAAUCCACAUGGGACAGAUAGAAUCUGUGAUGAAACUUGCUGACAAAGAAUCAAGAACCAAAGAAAUCAAGCAACAAUUUGAAGGAAAAACCGUGUUGCUUGGAGUUGAUGACAUGGACAUCUUUAAAGGCAUCAAUCUGAAGCUUUUAGCAAUGGAACAAAUGCUGAAACUACAUCCAUCUUGGCAAGGAACUGCUGUUCUUAUCCAAAUUGCAAAUCCAACUAGAAGUAAAGGUGGCAUAGAUUUGGAUGAAAUACAAGCUGAAAUACAAGAAAGUUGUAAACGUAUAAAUGAAGAAUUUAGUAAACCUGGGUAUCAACCAAUUAUCUACAUAGACAAACCAUUGUCAGUUGGUGAAAGGGUUGCUUACUACAGCAUAGCAGAAUGUGUAGUGGUGACAGCUGUAAGAGAUGGAAUGAAUUUAACACCAUAUGAAUACAUUGUAUGCCGAGAAGGAAUUCCCAAUUCCGAUUCCAAUUCUGAUUCUGGUCCUAAGAAAAGCAUGCUGGUGGUAUCAGAGUUUGUGGGGUGUUCUCCUUCUUUGAGUGGUGCAAUUCGUAUCAAUCCAUGGAAUGUUGAAGCAACUGCUGAAGCAAUGAAUGAAGCUAUAUCAAUGGGAGAACCAGAGAAACAAAUGAGACAUGAGAAGCAUUAUCGUUAUGUGAGUACACAUGAUGUGGCUUAUUGGUCUAGAAGCUUCUUGCAAGAUAUGGAAAGAAGUUGUGCAGAUCAUUUUAGGAAAAGAUGUUGGGGAAUCGGUUUAGGGUUUGGGUUUAGAGUUGUGAGUCUUGAUCCGAAUUUUAGGAAGCUUUCAAUAGAUGACAUUGUAUCAGAUUACUUAAAGGCUAAACGAAGGGCAAUUUUGUUGGAUUAUGAUGGAACUGUAAUGCCUCAAAAUUCCAUCAUUAAGACACCAAGUAGAGAAGUUAUUUCACUUUUGAAUAGACUUUCUGGUGAUCUGAAUAAUACAGUUUUUAUUGUUAGUGGAAGAGGUAGGGAGAGUUUAAGCGGGGCUUUUUCUCCAUGUAGGAAGCUUGGAAUUGCAGCUGAACAUGGCUACUUCAUAAGGUGGUGUCAAGAUGUGGAGUGGGAGACGUGUGGUCAGAGUAGUGAUUUUGGAUGGAUGGAUAUGGCUAAACCUGUGAUGAAACUAUAUACAGAAUCAACUGAUGGAUCUUCUAUAGAAACUAAAGAAAGUGCUUUAGUUUGGCAAUACAGAGAUGCAGAUCCAGGGUUUGGAUUUGCUCAAGCAAAAGAGAUGCUUGAUCAUCUUGAAAGUGUUUUGGCAAAUGAACCUGUUGCUGUUAAAAGUGGUCAAUAUAUUGUUGAAGUCAAACCUCAGGAAGCAAGUAAAGGUCUUGUUGCAGAGAAGAUCUUUACAUCAAUGGCUGAAAAUGGGAAACAAGCUGAUUUUGUGCUUUGUGUGGGUGAUGAUCGAUCUGAUGAAGAUAUGUUUGAAAUAAUCGGGAAUGCAAUUUCAAGAAAUAUAAUUUCUGUUAAUACUGUGGUUUUUGCAUGCACGGUUGGACAAAAACCAAGUAAAGCAAAAUAUUAUCUUGAUGACACCAAUGAAGUUAUUUUAAUGCUUGAAAGUCUGGCUGAAGCUACUGACUCUCCCGCUGUAUCUGAAGAUGAAAAUUUCGGGUCCCAUUAUCCUUAA